GUCGAUCCCUCUCACUAAAUUCUCUGUUGGAGUCGCGAACAGCUCUUUUUCUUCCUCUGUGGCAACGACGAGGUAUGAAUCUCUGUGAAAAUUGAAUCCUUUGGAUUUCCUGAUUUGUUCUUCUCCAUCUAUCUCAGUUUUGGGGGAAAUGCGAAGCUUUCUGAUCGAAAAAUUGGGGAAUCUUUUUUGAUUGGAAUAUAUAGGGGCGAAGGUUGAAGGAUGGCGAGCAGUUCGGUGGACGAGGCCGGAAAUCCGAUCCCAACAUCGGCGGUGCUGAUGUCGGCGUCGAAGCACAUUGGGCAGAGAUGCUUUAGCGAGAAUUUGGAAUUCAUUAAGUGCAAGCAGCAGGAUCCUAACCCAGAGAAAUGCCUCGAUAAAGGGAGGCAAGUCACUCGCUGCGUCUUGGGCCUGCUGAAAGAUUUACACCAGAGGUGCACGACACAAAUGGACAAUUACGUUGGCUGCAUGUACUACAACACAAACGAGUUUGAUCUGUGCCGCAAGGAGCAACAAGCAUUUGAGAAAGAGUGCCCGCUGUAGUGAUUCAAUCCAGCCACAAAACGUGGAUCUUUGAUUCCCUCCCCCCCUGCUUAGUUCAAUAAUAUGUAAAUGGCAUUCCGCCAUGAACAAAAUUGAAUGGUUUCG